CGUUAGCACCAAUACCGACCACUUCCUCCUUCCUGACUGUAAAACACUGGGUAUCUCUGCGCAGCAGAACCCCCGGGGUCGCGGUUGGGGUCGGGGUCGGGGUCGGGAUAGAGCGGGUCACCCCAUACAGCGCACUCAGGGAUCAGCCGCCUUUUACCACUUAGAGCGUUCUGGAGGGAUGUGAAGUUGUCGGCUGAAGUCGAGCCAUUUAUCCCACAGAAGAAAGGAGUUGACUCCGCCCUAUUGAGCAUGAACCUAUCAGGAGACGGUGCAGGAACCAUGGGGGCAGAGCCCACCCCAAUCCCCUCCUACCUCAUUACAUGCUAUCCAUUUGUGCAGGAGAACCAACACAACAGUAGGCAGUUGCCGGUGUAUAAUGGAGAGGUAAGGUGGCAGCAGCAGUGUGGUUCUGCCCCGUACGUGGCGUACUCCUUCGUCUCUUCUCCCCCUCAGCCUGCAGCCGUGUGUAACGAUUACUCUUACUGCCCCCUGCUGCCCCCUCCCUGCACUCCCCUCAUGGGCUUCUACCAGCCCCUCACUGCCCCCUACGCCACGCCCAUGCCCUCGGGCCUAGCAAACCCCGUAUCAGACACCUGCCUGAGGUCUCCACAGUUACAAGGCCAACCAACCAGCAUGAGCACACAGAGAGGGAGAGGCGGGGCUAGAGCACCUGUCCUGUCCAAGCAGGUGGCUCAGCCAAUCAGAGUAAGGCGUCCAAUGAUGCGAAGUGUGGCGGUGCAGAAGGAGGUGGCAGCUGCAGGGCCUGAUGGGAAAUCGCGCACCGUACUGCUGGUGGACGCUGCACAACAAACCGACUUCCCUGGAGAGGCGUGCAGCAGCAGGUGUGUGUCAGACAGAGUGAGUCCUCUGCAGUUCAGAGGGAAGGUCAGACGCAGACGCUCGUCUCAGACGGCAGAGUCAUCCAGCGAACACGGAGCCAGUGAGGCUGAUAUCGACAGUGACAGCGGCUACUGCAGCCCCAAACACACACUGGGGGUUGAAGCUGGAGUUAUGACUGCAGUGAGUUGGGUGAAUCCCUCAUCUCCGGCUCCUCAGAAGCCCUGGACAGACCGCAGCUCUUCUUUCCACAGGAAUAAAAUGAUGGACCAGAGGAAUUAUUUCCAGGAGUUCCAGGUGGGUUUUACUGGCCGUGCAGUAAGUGCAGGGGCUGGUGCAGGUGGAGCUGUAGGUGUUGCUGGAAGUAUUGGAGUUCAGAGAGGACUGCAGCAGAGUGGAGUUCCACCUGAACACACACCUGAACCCCUCUAUUUCCAGGAUGAGGAUGAGUUUCCUGACUUGGCCACAGGGGGUGGUUUGCAGCGCAACAAACCUGAGCAAGUCCAGCUCAAACUGCCCAAACCACUGCUGGAUAAUCUUCCAGAGAAUUCCCCGAUCCACAUUGUUCAGACUCCCAUUCCCAUCACCACCUCUGUGCCUAAACGAGCCAAGAGUCAGAGAAAGAAAGCUUUAGCAGCAGCUCUGGCUACAGCACAGGAGUACUGUGAGAUCAGCAUGGAGCAGAGGAAGCUACAGGAGGCUCUGACUAAAGCAGCAGGGAAGAAGAGCAGAACACCAGUACAGUUGGAUCUGGGGGACAUGCUUGCUGCACUGGAGAAACAACAACAGGCCAUGAAGGCACGACAGCUCAACAACACCAAACCCCUUUCAUACACAGUGGGUACAACCUCAGUGUUCCACAGUAAGGAUGCGGUCAGUAAGGGUGUGAUGAAAUCGUACACUCCUCCUCCCAACAUGCUAGACUCCACAGCACCCAAAAUCAAGAGGGGUAAAGAGAGAGAAGUUCCCAAAGUGAAGAGACCUACUGCCCUCAAGAAGGUGAUCCUGAAAGAGCGUGAAGUGAAAGCUAAGCUGUGUGUGAAGGAGCAGCCGGAUGACGAACUUCACUUCACUGACACACUCACACAGGACACUGUCUCACAAGAGGAGAAUGGUCUGAACAUGCCCAGUGAUGCCUCGCUGUCUCCAGCCAGUCAGAAUUCUCCGUACAGCAUCACACCCGUGUCUCAGGGUUCUCCAGCCAGCUCGGGCAUCGGCAGUCCCAUGGCCUCAUCCACUAUCACUAAGAUCCACAGCAGGAGGUUCAGGGAGUACUGUAACCAGGUGCUGAAUAAGGAGAUUGAUGAGAGCGUGACUCUCCUGCUGCAGGAGCUGGUGCGGUUUCAGGAGCGAGUGUAUCAGAAGGAGCCCACUAAAGCUAAAUCUAAGCGCCGCCUGGUCAUGGGUUUGCGUGAGGUCACCAAACACAUGAAGCUCAACAAGAUCCGAUGUGUGAUCAUCUCACCAAACUGUGAGAAGAUCCAGGCCAAAGGAGGUCUGGAUGAAGCUCUGUAUAACGUGAUCGCGAUGGCCCGUGAGCAGGAGAUCCCGUUUGUUUUUGCUUUGGGACGGAAAGCUCUCGGCCGCUGCGUUAACAAACUCGUCCCCGUCAGUGUGGUCGGGAUCUUCAGCUACUCCGGAGCUGAGGCUCUGUUUAACCGGCUGGUGUCUCUGACGGAGGAGGCGCGCAGGGCGUAUAAGGAGAUGGUGUGUGCUCUGGAGCAGGAGCAAGCUGAGGAGGCCCUAAAGAACGUCAAGAAGGUUCCGCACCACAUGGGCCAUUCGCGCAAUCCAUCAGCCGCAUCAGCCAUCUCCUUCUGCAGCGUCAUCUCAGAACCCAUCUCUGAAGUCAAUGAGAAGGAGUAUGAGACCAACUGGAGGACCAUGGUGGAGAACUCUGAUGCUCUAGAACCUCUGGAGAAUGAGUUUACCAGAACGAGUGUGAAUAAAGACGCAGAGGGAAGUGCAGAAGGUGCACCGGCCACGUCCCAAAUCACCUUGUCAUGUAAGGAGGAAGGGCGCACGGAGGACGGGUUGGAGCGAGCCUCUCAGCAGAGCACUGAAACGGGGUCUCUGGAUGGGAGCUGCAGGGGUCCGACCACCUCGUACUCCUCCAUCACCAGCACCAGCAGCAUCACGCUGGUCCCUGGGACGCUGGGCGAGGACGAGGAGGACGAUGAGGAUGAAGAGGAGGACGAGGAGGAUGAGUACACACCUGAACCGAUCCUGGUGGAGGUUCCUCCUCUGAGCAGCAUGAUAGAGACCUGGGUGAGCACCACGCUGGAGAACCUGCAGCUCUCCGGGAAAACACACUCCGAGGAGGAGGAGCAUGAGGAGGAGCAUGGGGAGGAGCAUGAGGCUGAGGGGAAGGAGGAAGAAGAGGAGGAAGAUAUCAGAGGAGUGAGUGAUGAAGAGGAGGAGCUUGAAUCUUCGGUGCAGGGGAAGCAGAUGGAGAAGAACUCUGAAUAACAAACACACACACUCACACACUUCCUGCUUUAUCACUCAACAACAACAAUCUCAGGAAACUGACAGGGACGGACCACACACACUUCCUGUAGUCUCUCUCACACACACACAUACACACAGAGUUCUGUCUCCGUCCAUACUUGAAUGACUUACACUGCUUAGUCCAUUCUGUGUGGGUGUGGGUAAUCACCACACACACACAGACACACACACACACACACACACACACGUCUAUAAUCGUGUGGUCUCUCAGUGGGACUCGGUGGUCUCUCAGUGGUCUCUCAGUGGGACUCGGUGGUCUCUCAGUGGUCUCUCAGUGGGAGUCUGUGGUCUCUCAGUGGGACUCGGUGGUCUCUCAGUGGGACUCUGUGGUCUCUCAGUGGGACUCUGUGGUCUCUCAGUGGGACUCUGUGAUCUCUCAGUGGGAGUCUGUGGUCUCUCAGUGGGUCUCAGUGGGACUGUGGUCUCUCAGUACAUAAUAUUUUGACUACGUUGUGACUGCCAUGUGUUUUGUCCCAGUGUGUUUGUUCACACGUGUUUGUGUGUGUGUGUGUGUGUGGGGGGCAGAAUAAAUGAUUCGCUCUUGUAAAUAGCUUGUAAAGGUUGUUUCUAAUAAAUGAUAUGCUUCUUAUUUAUCGUGUUUAAAUAAUGACGGAACAGAUUGGACAUUUUCUCGCUGUUUGUUUUAAAUCUUGCGUUUUUUCCUUCUUUCUCUGGAGUUGUGCCGAUAAAACGCCAUCAUUACUGUCAUCAUCACCUUCAUCACCAUCGUCCUUAUGGUCGCUCUUUUAGUUCUCUACAUUGCAGUCAUGUUCUAGCAAUCACAAAUCACCAUUACCUACAGACACAGCUCUUAGCAUCAAAUUAGCCUGGUGUUGUGUUAGCUAACCUGCUAGUGUUGUUAGCUGGGUUAUAUUAGGUCAAAUAUCUACAGCUAGAACUACCUACAUGUAACCAUGGCAACGAUCAGUCUUUGUUUUAUAUCAGCAUGCUCCCUACCUAGGCAGCCUAUCAUGUGGAUUGUGUGAAGUGUCCGUGCUAGCAGUAUUGCAUGUGUUGGUUAGCGUUUAGCAUAUGGUAGCGUAAGUGAGAAUCGACAUAUGCCUAGCGUGAGGAUUACUGAUCUGUACUGGUCACCUGUGUUCAUGUGGGCGUGGCUUUCCUGCUCUAAUCAGCUUUAGGAAUUUUCACUGAUGUUUGUUUUUUCUCGGAUUCUCUUUGUGCUGAGGGUACGGUGUCUGAAGAUCAUUAACUGUCAGGAAAUAAACAGUGUCAGGUCUGAAGGUCUGAGUCACCACCACCACCUCACCUUAAUCAGCACCUCCAUCAUCACCACCACCACCACCUUCAGCUCCACCUCUAUCACCAUCACCGCCUUCAGCUCCACCUCUAUCACCACCAUCACCUCCAUCACCACCACUUCCUCGAGUGAUAUAAAAACUAACAAUUACUCAUUUACGAUUUGCCUUCACCAACACUCAUCUACUGCUCAGUAAUGACUCUGUAAUGAUUCAGUAAUGACUCUGUAAUGAUUCAUCAGUAAUGACUCAGUAAUGACUCAGUAAUGACUCUGUAAUGAUUCAUCAGUAAUGACUCUGUAAUGACUCAGUAAUGACUCUAAUGACUCAUCAGUAAUGACUCUGUAAUGACUCAGUAAUGACUCUAAUGACUCAUCAGUAAUGACUCUGUAAUGAUUCAGUAAUGACUCAUAAGUAAUGACUCUAAUGACUCUGUAAUGACUCAUCAGUAAUGACUCAGUAAUGACUCUCAGUAAUGACUAUGUAAUGAUUCAGUAAUGACUCAUCAGUAAUGACUAUGUAAUGAUUCAGUAAUGACUCAUCAGUAUUGACUGUAAUGACUCAGUAAUGACUCUGUAAUGACUCAUCAUUAAUGACUCAGUAAUGACUCUCAGUAAUGACUAUGUAAUGAUUCAGUAAUGACUCAUCAGUAAUGACUGUAAUGACUCAGUAAUGACUCUGUAAUGACUCAGUAUUGACUCAUCAGUAAUGACCCAAUAAUCAUAGUCAUCAUAAUCAGAGCAGCAGCUGAUGGUGGUGACUCAGACUUGAGACCUGGGAUCAAAUGAAGGAAUUGUUUAGUUAUUAGACUUGUGUAAACACACUGAGGUGUGUGUGUGUGUGUGUGUGUGUGUGUGUGUGUGUGUUUGUUUUAACACUCCUCUCUUGCGCGAGCUUUACUCUUGUUCUGUCGCUCUGCCUUGACUCUGUGUCUAAUGUGUAUAUUCUCUUAUUCUUUCUCUCUCUCUCUCUCUCUCUCUCUCUCUCUCACACACACACACACAUCAGGCUGUGUAUAAUAGAUGUGUGUUUGUGUGUGUACUCCAUAUCAUUUGCACUAUGUAAAUAUGGCAGAUUGAUUGUGAUUGUGGUGUUCAUGUAACCGGUGAUAUGAAGGAUUUCUGUCGUGCUGCUUGUGUUUCUGCAGGUGCUUCUCCACACACACACACACACACACACACACACACACACACACACACACUCUUUAUGAUGUCUGAAAAAUUAACAUCAUUAAACUCUUGUAAUGAAAACCA